AUGAAGGCUUUGCGGCGAUCGAUCAAGGGGGAGAAGGAGAAACCGCAUAUCAACAUCGCCCCGAAAUCUGCGGUUGCUAUUGUCCCCCCCAAAAAGGUUAUUCGGGCGCUUUACGACUACGAAGCGACAAAUCCACAAGAGCUAAGCUUCUCUCGUGGUGACUUUUUCCAUGUAAUCGGUCGCGAAAAUGAUCCAGACUGGUACGAAGCUUGCAACCCCGCUCUACCGGACGCUCGUGGCUUGGUGCCCGUUGCAUACUUCCAGGCGCUUGGGCGUACCGAGCGUGAUAGCGGGCAAUCCCAACCAGACAGUGCGCGCUCUGCGAAACAUCCUGAUCAUGACUCCGGUUACGGGGAUGGGCCGACAACAACGUCGACGCCAGUGGCAAGCCAACGAAGCUCCAAGACGGGCAAGUCAGGUGCCAUGGUUUACGGCGUUGUUGUGUAUGACUUUCAGGCAGAAAGAGCAGAUGAGCUGGAGGCGAAGGCUGGCGAGGCCAUCAUCGUCAUUGCCCAGUCCAACCCCGAGUGGUUUGUGGCAAAGCCGAUUGGGAGACUUGGCGGACCGGGCUUGAUUCCGGUAUCUUUCGUUGAGAUCCGAGACAUGGCGACUAACACGCCAGUUGCAAACCCGCAAGAGGCGGUGCGCAGGGCAGGGAUUCCAAAGGUUGAGGAGUGGAAGAAGAUGGCUGCCGAUUACAAGAAUUCCAGCAUAACCCUCGGGAAGUUCGAGACAGGUGCACAGCCGCAAACAAUCGAGCAAGGUAUGGAGCGGAUGAGCAUUCAGCAGCCCAACGGAAGGGUCAGCCAGGUACCGACGUCCAAUAUGCAGCAGCAACCGCAGCAGGCAGCGUACGCUGUACCGCAAAGCCAGGCCAUCCAAAGCGUCCCCGCACCGCGAUCGGUCUCGCAGAUGUAUGCACCAGUAUCCGCUCGGAUUCCUAGGUAUUGCUUCGCGGAGGACAAGUACUGGUUCGUGAUAGAGGCUGAGCUUGAGGAUGGUCGCGUUUGGGAACUGGCGCGAUACUACGAAGACUUCUACGACUUCCAGAUCGCGCUGCUUACCGAAUUCCCCGUUGAAGCAGGGACGACUGGAAAGAAGCAGCGAACACUACCGUACAUGCCCGGUCCCGUUAACUACGUGACCGAUGCAAUCACGGAAGGCCGUCGACACAACUUGGACGCUUACGUGAAAAGCUUGCUGGCCCAGCCGCCUUACAUCUCGAAAUGCAACCUGGUAAAGCAGUUCUUUGCGCCGAGGGAAGGCGAUUACGAGAUAGACCCAAGUGCGCUUGAUGAAGAAUACCGCUUAUCUGCCGGGUCUCGGCCGUCCUCGACAGACUCGCCUAUUGAUGGCGGAUCGCGCCAGUCGUCCAGACAGAACCUCGACGGUAGCGGUUCGGGCUAUGGGGGUAUGGGCUCCACUGCCCGCCAACCCGCAAUGACCCGCCAGGCCUCGUCGCUAUCCCAGCCAUCACAGACAUCCCUGUCGCCUGGCGUUCAGCAAGCCGGUGCACAGAUGAAGGUGAAGCUAAGUUACAACGGUGACAUUAUUGCCAUCAAAGUGCCGUCGGAUAUCUCUUUCCAGAACCUCUACGAAAGGAUCGUCGACCGGCUCAAGAUUCCUCCCGGGGAUCCACCCCAGUUGUCGUACAAGGACGAAGCCACCGGCGACAAGCCUCCGCUGAUGAGCAACCACGAUCUCGACAUUGCAUUGCAGCGCAAUGAGAAACUUCUGUUAUACGUUGAGUGA